AUGCCGCGCAAAGCGAUCGACUCGCGCAUCCCGGCCCUAAUUCGAAAUGGUGUCCAGGAGAAGAAGCGCAGUUUCUUCGUUGUCGUCGGCGACCGGGCAAAGGAUGUGAUCGUUCACUUGCACUAUAUCAUGUCCAGUGUGGAUGUGAAGCAGAACAAAUCGGUGCUCUGGGCAUACAAGAAGGAUCUGCUGGGCUUCACAAGUCACCGAAAGAAGCGCGAGAACAAGAUUAAAAGGGAGGUCAAGCACGGAAUCCGGGAACCGAAUCAAGAAGAUCCCUUCGAGCUCUUCAUCACGCUGAACUCGAUUCGUUAUGUAUACUACAAGGAAACAGAGAAGAUUCUCGGUAACACAUAUGGCAUGUGUAUUCUGCAGGAUUUCGAGGCCAUCACCCCGAACUUGCUCGCCCGCACUAUCGAGACGGUCGAAGGAGGAGGAAUGGUUCUCCUGUUGCUGAAGAGCAUGAAGAGCUUGAAACAGCUCUACACACUGUCCAUGGAUAUCCACUCGCGCUACCGCACAGAAGCCCACGAUGAUGUAGUAGCUCGGUUCAACGAGCGCUUCAUUCUGUCCCUCGGAAGCUGUGAGUCCUGUCUCGUUGUGGACGACGAGCUGAAUGUACUUCCGAUUUCCGGUGGAAAGAAUGUCAAGCCGCUCCCUCCUCCCGAAACUACCGACGACUCGACCUCUGGAACCAAGAAGGAGCUCAAGGAGAUCAAGGAGAGCCUGGCGGACGCCCAGCCCGUCGGUCCUCUGUUGAGCCUGGCACGCACCGUGGACCAGGCUAAGGCCCUGCUCACUUUUGUGGAUGCCAUCGCGGAAAAGACCCUGCGAAGUACCGUCGCGCUUACAGCCGGUCGUGGACGGGGUAAGUCCGCUGCCCUUGGCGUUGCUAUUGCCGCGGCGAUUGCGCAUGGCUACAGCAAUAUCUUCAUUACCUCUCCAAGUCCCGAAAACUUGAAGACCCUGUUCGAGUUCGUUUUCAAAGGGUUCGACGCAUUGGGUUAUCUCGACCAUGUCGAUUACACUAUCCUGCAGUCCACCAACCCAGACUUCAAUAAGGCUAUUGUCCGUGUGAACAUCCAUCGCAACCACCGGCAGACCAUCCAGUACAUCCAACCCCAAGAUGCGCAUGUCCUCGGCCAGGCCGAACUUUUGGUCAUCGAUGAGGCUGCUGCUAUUCCCCUGCCCCUUGUUCGCAAGCUCAUGGGUCCAUAUCUGGUGUUCAUGGCCUCCACAAUCAAUGGUUAUGAGGGAACCGGUCGUUCUCUUUCCCUGAAGCUCAUUCAGCAACUUCGUGAACAAGCUCGCGGUGGUAUCAAGACCGCCGAUGCCGAUGUCGCCGACCGAAGCACUGGCAAGAUCUCGAAGAAUACGGACAAGAACCUUGCUGGUCGUUCUCUUCGUGAGAUCACCCUCUCCGAGCCCAUCCGUUAUGCGCCCGGUGAUUCGGUAGAGAAGUGGCUCAACAAGGUCUUGUGCCUUGAUGCCACCUUGCCCAAGUCUCGCAUGAACACCCAGGGUUGCCCGCACCCAUCGCAGUGCCAGCUUCUCCAGGUCAACCGUGAUACUCUUUUCUCGUUCCAUCCAGUCUCUGAGAAAUUCCUUCAGCAAAUGAUGGCCUUGUAUGUUGCAAGCCACUACAAGAACACGCCUAACGAUCUUCAACUCAUGAGCGAUGCUCCCGCUCACCAGCUAUACGUUCUUGUUCCCCCAAUUGAUGAGGAAGCAACGAAACUCCCAGAGCCUCUUUGCGUGAUUCAGGUCGCUCUUGAGGGACGUAUCAGCAGGCAAAGCGUACUCAACAGUUUGAGCCGCGGUCAGCGUGCUGGUGGUGAUCUCAUUCCUUGGCUGGUGUCUCAGCAGUUCCAGGACGAAGACUUUGCGGGUCUCUCCGGAGCCCGUGUUGUGCGAAUUGCGACCAACCCUGAAUACGUUGGCAUGGGUUACGGUUCCCGUGCUAUGGAACUGCUGACCGAUUUCUAUGAGGGCAAGUUCACUAGCCUUGACGAAGGAACGGCUGGUACUCAAGAGGAAAUGGUCCGUGUCACUGAUGAGGAGCUCGCCAACUCUAAUCUUCUUGACGAUAAUAUUCACGUCCGGGACAUCCGCUCUAUGCCGCCCUUGUUUGGCAAAUUGAGCGAGCGACGCCCCGACUCCCUAGACUACCUGGGUGUCAGCUAUGGUCUCACUCCUUCCUUGCACAAGUUCUGGAAGAGAUCUUCUUUCCACCCAGUAUACUUGCGUCAGACUCCGAACGAGCUGACUGGCGAGCACUCCUGCGUGAUGCUGCGUACUCUGGCUACUGGUGUCACCGAUGCUAGCUGGCUGGGUGCCUUCUCCCGAGACUUCCACCGACGUUUCCUUGCGCUGCUCUCUUAUCAAUUCCGCGAGUUCCCUUCUGUUCUCUCCUUGAGUAUCUGCGAGUCUGCCAAUUCAGGGGCUAAGCUCGACUCCUCUACUGUUGUUCGUACUCUCAAGAAGACUGACCUGGAUGCGGCGUUCUCCCCAUUCGACCUCAAGCGACUGGACAGUUACGCCAACAACCUGCUUGACUAUCAUGUUAUUCUGGAUAUGGUCCCCCUGAUUGCCGAAUACUACUUCGCAAACCGUCUUGCGGGCAAGGUCAGCCUUUCUGGCGUGCAGCAAUCCAUUCUGUUGGCCAUCGGUCUGCAGCGCAAGAGCAUGGAUGAUCUUGAAAAGGAGUUGAGUCUUCCUUCAUCUCAACUUCUUGCCAUGUUCCUUAAGAUCAUGCGGAAGAUUUCCACACAUUUCCGUGGUCUCGUUGAGGGUGCGGUUGCGGAGACUAUGCCCACUGAGCGAAUCACCGCCGAUGCUGCCUCUGGGGCCCACGACGACCCGGUUGUCGAAGACCGAUUCAAGCCCUUGGAGACUGGCCUUGAUGAUGAGCUGCGUGCGGGUGGUGAGGAAAUUGACGAGGAGCUCCGGGAGAAGCAGCGUGCUCUGAUUGACGCUCUUCCUCUUGACAAAUACGAAAUUGAUAACGGCUCGGCGUCGUGGGAGGAUGCAGAGAAGCAGAUACGCGCAGGCGGUGCCGCUACCGUCAGUGUCAAGACCAAGCAAUCUAAGCGCAAGAAGGGCGAGACCGCUCGGGACAUCUACGACAAGGAGAUUGAUUCCAAGCGUCAAAAGUUGAUCAAGAAGGGUACCGAGGGUCGCAAGAAAUAG